GCCAUUUUGAUUUCCAAAUCUGACAGCUUCUGUUUUUUCUUCUUCUUCUUCUUCUUGUGUGUGUUGCCCGCCUGCUGAAGCGAAAUUCGGACAGUGUCAACACAGCCGCUCAAGCAAAGGCCGACCCGCCGUGUUAUCGGCUGUGUUCAUGACAUUGCAGCCGGGUGAAAGGGGGCGAUAUCUUAAAGCUAACAACGCAAGUGAUGAACAGCCAGCUAUGGGCCUCUGGGUGACCUGACAGCCCAAAGUCGUCGUCGAGUUUGCCGUUCAUGUUGCGGAUGACGACUGAGAAAAUGGACAUAAGGUCGAAGCCAGUCUCUCCUGGGUUUGUGUGUGUGGUGUUGGUAUGAGUCAACUGGGUGUGUUUGUGUCUCCAUUUUCUCAAUUUGCUGAUGCUGAUUGAUGUGCAUGCCAUGCAGAGUCAAUGAGGCCAAUGGCUGUUUAGUGAGACUGAAGAGGAUACUAGUCCUUGUCCAAAUCUAAGUAUAUGUGCCUGUAACGUCAGCCAUGUUUUGGAAAUUUGAUUUGCACACAUCCUCUCAUCUGGAGGCUUUGCUGGACAAAGAGGAUGUCACUCUCAUCGAGCUCAUGGAUGAGGAAGAUGUCCUGCAGGAGUGCAAGGCACAGAACAGGAGGCUUCUCCUGUUCUUGUGCCAGGACCAAUGCAUGCAGGAGCUGGUCCGUAUGAUCACUACAGAGCCCCCUGCUGGUGUAGAGGAGAUCAAACGCUUCAAGUAUCCAAAUAUAGCAUGUGAGCUGUUGACAUGUGAUGUGGGAGUGAUCAAUGAUAAGCUGGGUAAUGAGGAGCCUCUGUUGGAAACUCUGUAUUCUUUCCUGGAGCAGCCAUCCCCACUUAACCCUCUCCUGGCAUCUUUCUUCAGCAAGACAAUUGGGAACCUCAUCACACGGAAGACUGAGCAGGUGCUUAGUUUCCUGCGACGGAAGGAGGGAUUCCUCUCUCUGGUCCUGAAGCAUAUCGAUACAUCAGCCAUGAUGGAUGUGCUGCUGAGACUGAUCAGCUGUGUGGAGCCACCGCCACUUCGGCUUGAAACGCUUACUUGGCUGAAUGAAGAGAAGCUUGCACAGAGGCUCGUAGAGCUCAUUCACCCUGAGAGAGAUGAAGAGAGGCAGUCCAAUGCAUCUCAGACUUUGUGUGACAUAAUUCGUCUGAGCAGAGACCAGGCCAAUCAGCUCCAAGAGAUGUCACAGCCUGACCCUCUGCUGACUGUGCUGGAGUCGCAGGAGUGUGUGGAGCAGUUGUUGCAGAAUAUGUUCUCAGGAGAGACUACUGAAAGCUGUAUCAUCAAUGGGAUUCAAGUACUUCUCACAUUACUGGAAAUAAGGAGGCCUGUGGUGGAUGGUGUGAUGGAUGCUCAGGGAUUCGAGAGAAGUUACACUGUUAACAGCACCAUUUUGUUGGCCAUCCAACCACACCUGAUACACUUCCACCAGCUACUUCGAGAGCCACCCAAGCGAAAUCCCAUGCUGACUACCCUGGGUGUGCUGGAGGAGCCAUUGGGGAACACACGUCUGCACGUAGCCAGACUGGUGGCCUCUCUGCUGUAUACCAGCUCCGCUAGCCAUGCAGUAGUAGCACAAGAACUCUGCCAACUCAAUACAAUGGACCUACUUCUGGACUUGUUCUUCAAGUAUACGUGGAACAACUUCCUGCACCUCCAAGUGGAGCUUUGUGUUGCAGCCAUCCUCCGACCCUGUGCCCAUGAAAUGAGGCUUCAGCCUGGCUUGGGAGCCCAGGAAAAAUUCAAGCCUCCCCAGGAUGCUUCUCAAGAGCAGGCUGCGACUGAAACCCCUUCUGAACCACCGGUCACCACUGAAAACUCUGCACAUAAUCUGAUGGUGACUCAUUUGUUUCAGCACUGCCAUCUUGUCCAGAGGAUUCUCGAGGCAUGGGAAGAGAAUGAUAAAAUACAGUCUGAAGGUGGUAUGAGAAGAGGAUACAUGGGACAUUUGACCAGGAUUGCCAACACAGUGGUCCACAACCUGGAGAAGGGCCCAGUUCACACACAGAUUAGCAGUCUCAUCACAGAGCUGCCAGAGGACUACAGAGGGCGCUGGGAAACCUUUGUGGACCAGACCCUGUCAGAAGCCAAUAGGAGGAACACCAUAGACUUGAUUGGCACUGGGAACCCACGGCCAUCCUCCGAGGAUGAUAUGGAGAGCCCCUUUCCGAAAGAACUGACACUACAGCAGGCAUUUUCUGACUACCAGAUCCAGCAGAUGACAGCUAACUUUGUAGACCAGUUCGGCUUCAAUGAUGAGGAGUUUACUGAUCAUGAUGACAGCAUUGGGGCAACAUUUGACAGAAUUGCAGAGAUCAAUAUCAACAUUGAUGCAGGCCAGGACAGUGCUAAUACAGCUGUGUUUGAGGCCUGUUCCAAAGAGAGGAUUCAGCCCUUCGAUGAUGAUGAGGAGGACAUUUGGGAGGAGAAAGAGAUGAACUUUGCAACACAAGCCAAGUCACGUAACAGGUUUGGUGGAUCACAGUCAUCCCAGAGCCAAGCAGCCAGUAAGCCAGGUGAUAGGACAGCAGCUUCUGGCAGUGAGGCCUCUGACAGAACAGCAGACUCCGACUCUGAGGAAGGAGAGGAUCCUAAAGAUGACCUGGAUCCUUUCUCAAGCCUGGGCCAGGCCGAGGCAGCAAAGACCACUGGCUGGGUUGCAGACUUUGGGGAGGUGAACUCAAAGGCUCCUGCAGCAGGAGUGGGCUUCUCAGCCUGGGACACUCCAGACACCCAACCAGCUGCCACAGAGGCAGAGGAGAAAGGAUGGGCCAAGUUCACCGACUUCCAGCCUUUCUGUUGUUCUGAAACAGGCCCCAGAUGCAGCUCUCCUGUGGACUCAGAGCUCAGUGCAUCGGACAGCACCAAACCAAACCAGAACCCAUGUGUGUGGAGUGUGUGUGUGGCGAGAAAGGCUCCACUGGUGGCAUCGGAUAGCUCUUCCUCCAGCAGCUCAGACAGCGAUGACGAGGAAAGCAAGACAGAGUCUACGACCACCACAGAGACCAUCACCACGGGGGCUGGCAAGGAGACCAUUCGGCUCACUGUGGACGCCAAAAAUGAGAGGGCAGUCUUCAGCAGUGAAGCAGAUAAGGUGCCAUUAGAGGGGCUCUCCAUCAAAGACAAGGGGAAAGGCAAAGAGAAAGAAAGCGAAAAGGGAAAGAAACAUGGAGAUGGUCCAAGCCCCGCUACCGCCAGUCCGGUUUCCCAGUCAGCUUCUGUUACACACAGAGAGACGCAACCCUCUGCUAAUGGACCGGCCUAAUGAUGCAGCAUAGACACACACACAUACACACACUUCUUACUUGUCCAUUCAACACACAGCCAUGCCAUCUUUGCUUCCUGUUAGCAGCCCUCCAAUGCUCUUUGUUUCCUGUUCGAAGAAUGACAGAUCCUCAGUGUUGAGGUCAAACAGCCCUGAACAGUAUGUAUGUUGGAUAACACAAAUCUACGUAUGGGUACUACUGAUCUCUCCUGCACCUUCAUGACAUAUUUAAAACUGCUUCCAAGAGGAAUGUGUGUUUUAAAGAACGUUUUCAUCUUACCAGACCCCCCCCAAAGCCAAAUUGCGUUUCAUAUGAACUAUUUCAAAAUGUGAUUUUCUCAUAAAACUUGGGAAACACUCUUACCUGUGUUGAUGAGCAGAGGCUACACCUAGUUUUGCCAGCUGUGGCACUUUAAUCCUGAAAUGCGUAAGUGUGAAAUUUGACCUUUUUAUUUAAAUCAGCAUCAGAGUUUCAGGUUGUUUGAGCAUGUGUGGUCAUGAAUCACAGCCCAGAGAAUUUUCUAUCAGAGCAUUUGACUGUUUACACUUUACUAAAGCAAACUGUCUUCAAUUAAUCAGCCAAGAUUACAAAAGCCAAGUUGCUUGCAAAGCUAGCUGCCAUUCUCUCUUUAGCAAUGUACAAAGCCAGGCAGACAUUUUAUCUGUGCUAAUGUGUGAGUGCUCAUGAUUUGGCUCUUUUUCAUACAUGCUAGCAAAAUAAUUUCUCAGUCCAAGUAAGAUUUCUUUGCUUUGAUCAUGUGGAACAUAAAUUGUUAAUUUGGAGCAUCAUGUGUCACUUCCUCCUCAAACCUCUGACUGAUUCAUGUAGUGUAGAGGUGUGUGUGUGCUGUUGUAUCCAUGUGUGUAGACAUGUGUGCGUGUGUGUUUGAGCUCUGUCUCAGGUACAGAGGUCAUUCUCAGGUCCAAGGAGAGGUAUGCAGAUUUAAAGAAAGCACACCUGUGUAACACACACACACACACACAGGGCCGUACACACAUGUAUAUGCAACCAAAUCUAUACACACAUGCAAAAAAAUACAAAAAAACCACGAGACACAGUGAUGUGCACCGAUUCAUAUCACCCUCAGAGCUGUUUAAAUGUAAUAUUGUGAAAUUUGAACCUGUAUUAGGUUGUGGCUAUUCUUGGUAACAUGUUAACGUAAUAUAAAUGUAAACAGUAUAUAUAAACAUUAUAUCUAUUUUUGGAAUAAAUCCAAUGUAUGGAAAGGCAGUUAUUUUGCAGGUUGCAAAGUGUGUAUUGUAUGUGUGUGUCGUACUGUUGAAAUGAGGCAAUAAUGAUGUCUGUGUUUCGGUUAAUACCCCAGCAUCAGUUCCUGUUCCUCUGCUACAUGCUUCCUAUGUGGAGGUUUGGGAGUGUGAAUGUGCAUAAAUGUGAGUCAGUAGUCUGUAGUGUGUCCUCUUUAUUCUUUGGCUUAAAAGGUAAUUCUGGUUUAUUAAAGCCUGAUUCUUAUUUUCAUUCAUGAGUUUAACACAAAAUAUCAGGUUAACCAAUCUGAUGUGGGGGAGAAAAAAAUGUGAUUAUUAAAGGUGCAAUAUGAAUUACAGUAAUUUAUAGUUUUAAAACAUAAAAAACAGAAUGUGAUGAAAUUACAGUUUCAUCUAUGCAUUGUGUUUCUGGGAUAUCAAUUAAAGUUAGCAUGCUAACCAGCUAGCCUCUUGUUAUGAAGUUAAGUCUGUUAGUAAAAGACACCAGUUCUCCACCAGUGCUCCAAACGCUCAGUCCGGCCAGAGUCAGCUGAUAUGACUGUAGGAUUAACUUGGCUUAUUAGCCAACGGCAGCAACAGUUAGCAACAGUUAAACUGUUACUCUGGUGACAUGCUGCCUCCUUUAAGUUCGAAGUAUGAAUUUGACAGAUGGCCAAUAUUUAUAUGUUGCACUUUUUUUUUUUUUUUUUUUUAGAUACAUAAAAGUUGUUUGUGAACAUCACAUUGUGAUGCAAUGCUUCAACUUUGAACUUUAAUCAUAUUAUUUGUGCACAUCAACUUUAGCAAACUAUUUUGAGUCAAUUAUUUGUUAGAUAUGGCUCUUUUCAUUUAAUCAUCAGACUUCAUCAAAAUCAACAGAAAAGUUGUGAUAAACCAGAAUUAUCUCUCAGAAUUGUGUGUGCCAGUCAUGCUUUAUGUUAUCUUUCUCCUCGUCUCUCUCUUUCUCAGGGCAGGAGUUGACUUUUUAAUUGCAUAUAUGCCUACGGAGCAAUUUACAUAGAUUGUUGUAUUUAUUUUGAAAGCACUUUUUCAAGAAGCACUUUUGGUUUGUAUUUGGUGGUGCCACCAAGUGUCACCACAUUAUUCCCCACUCAAAGAGGUGGGAAUGUUUGACUUGAAUGAGUGAAUCAUGUAGAUACUUUCGGAUACUUUCUUCUUCAAUGCUUUCUGCCAAAGUGUGUCUUCCCACCAGUUGCACAGCUGGGUCUCAUAUCUGUGAAGUAGCCUCCUUCUCUUGCAAUGCUCUUACAGGUCUAGAUUCAUCAAAAGCGGUCUUAGUUUGAUCCCUCGUGUGUUUCUUUCUUUGUGUCAUGUGAUGGAGCUGUCAGCAGCCACACGUCAAAGAAAGACUUUGAAGAUUCAUCUUAGGUCACAGCCAUUUUGCGUUUAUCCGUUCAGCGCUUCGAGCUGUUUGAAGUGGAACCGCACAGAAAGGGAGCAUUGGUUUAAGUCAGGGUUAGAGGAGACAAACAGGGCUGUUUUAUGUCAGGGUGUGUGUUUGUACGGGGUCAGAAUUUGUCAUCUCGUCUUUCGCCAAAACCUAAGCACUGCGUCUGACCCUUACCUUUAUGUUUUUGGUGCGUGCGUGUGUGUGUGUCCUUCACCUUGAGAGUGCAGUGCGCGUGCAGUGUAGCUACGGGUACGGUGUGAUGUUAUGCAUAAUGGCAUGAGGUACAAUGCAGUCAUCUUUUAAGUGCCAUUAAGUUUGCACAUUAUGUCAUUCACCUCACUGGGUAUGUGCUGUACUCUGCAGUGGAUGCCCAACACUUUUUAAUUGAGAGACAAAUGGGUGUUAAAUUGUUACUUCAUCCCCAUUGGGUGUUAUUUAACACUGAGGCCAUUUCAAAGUUUAAAUCUUACUUGCAUUAUAGCUCAUUACAUAUCUGUGUGUGUGUGUGUGAAUGAAGUGGUGUGAAAGACAGCUGUGUUGUAAAAUGCCUUUUUUUUGUAAAGUGGACUGAUGCUGGUGUUUUUUUGUUUUUAUUUUUUUUCCAUUUAGAGAGUAAUGUGUCUGUUAUCUGUUGUCAAUUUAGCUUGUACAUUCAGAUAUGAACCUAAUAAAUAUGUCAGACCAAGAAGAA